GUCCGCCCUCUACGCCGCCGCCAUGUCGGCGCAGGCCCAGAUGCGCGCGAUGCUGGACCAGUUGAUGGGCACCUCCCGGGACGGGCCCUGGUGGUGGCAACCGCCUGUGUGCCACUGAAAAUCGUGCCGAUGCCUGGCAUACUGCAUAAAUGGAAGCAGGGUACCGCGCAUCAUGGGCUAAGGAAAGAGCACUGGGCUGAGAUUCAGGAGACCUGGUCUCUAAUUGUAACCUUGGCCUUCACAGUUGUUGAUCACAUAGCAUGGUCAUCCACUCACAGCUUAAAAAAAUACAGGGAGCAUCGGAGAGAAUGGGUUCAAUGUAUCUAUGCCUGCCUACUUCAAUCUGCAAGGGAGUGUCAGAAAGGCCCCGCAUUCGCCGAGCCCAGCAAAAGGGAGACACUUCAGCUGGAACAAAAUAGUGGAAGAAAUGGCGUCUGGGGUUCAGUGGGGAUUCGCAGAGACACUACCCGUCAGCGAAUCAAAUUCAGUGACGACAGAGUAUGCAAGAGCCAUCUUCUCAACUGUUGCCCCCAUGAUGUCCUUUCUGGAACUAGAAUGGAUCUUGGAGAAUGUCUGAAAGUUCAUGACCUCGCUUUAAGAGCAGAUUAUGAAAUUGCAUCCAAGGAACAAGAUUUUUUCUUCGAACUUGAUGCCAUGGAUCAUCUGCAGUCAUUUAUUGCAGAUUGUGAUCGAAGAACAGAAGUGGCUAAGAAAAGAUUAGCAGAAACCCAAGAAGAGAUUAGUGCUGAAGUGGCUGCAAAGGCAGAACGUGUUCAUGAAUUAAAUGAAGAAAUUGGUAAAUUAUUAGCCAAAGUGGAACAACUAGGAGCUGAAGGGAACGUGGAAGAGUCCCAGAAAGUAAUGGAUGAAGUAGAGAAAGCACGGGCAAAGAAAAGAGAAGCAGAGGAAGUGUAUCGGAAUUCUAUGCCAGCUUCCAGUUUCCAACAGCAGAAACUUCGAGUCUGUGAAGUCUGCUCUGCCUAUUUAGGUCUUCAUGAUAAUGACAGACGACUGGCUGAUCAUUUCGGGGGUAAACUGCACCUGGGAUUUAUUGAAAUAAGAGAAAAGCUUGAAGAAUUAAAGAGAGUCGUAGCCGAGAAGCAGGAGAAAAGAAACCAGGAACGCCUGAAACGAAGAGAAGAAAGGGAGAGAGAAGAAAGGGAGAAGCUGAGGAGAUCGAGGUCCAGAGAGCAUCGCAGACACCGAUCUCGCUCCAUGUCUCGAGAACGCAAGAGGAGGACUCGAUCCAAGUCUCGGGAGAAACGCCAUCGCCACCGGUCCCGCUCCAGCAGCCGUAGCCGCAGCCGCAGCCAUCAGCGAAGUCGACACAGUUCUAGAGAUAGGAGCAGAGAGCGGUCCAAGAGGAGGUACUGACGUGCCGAUCGGAGGAUGUGGAGCUACCUUUAUGUUUAGCCUGUUGUUUGCUUAUGUUACUUAGGAUUAGAGUUUAGAUUAUUGGUUUGAACUUGCACCUGGUGAUAUGUACACAUUUGUGUGUGGGUGUAUACAUUUUUUUUCCAGAUUAUAUUGGUAGUUCAGAAAGAUUUACAUGCGAGCCCGAAUAAGAAAUUGGAACUGGUAUGUGCAGAGGUUAUUACUGCUUUUCUCUGCUUAGUAUGUCUUGGGGGAAAAAAACUAUUUUACAGGCAAAUAAUUUUAGGUACUAAUAACUCUUGAAGUUUUUCAAUAUGUAUUAACACAUUAGGGGCUCUCAGAAGUCCUUUCAUUAAGAGUUGUUUAGCUUUGUUUGGCUUACUGUUUUCCAAACUUGAGCUGGUACACAGAGAAGACACAUUCUAGUAUAUUCUUGUUUAAUCUGUGCUAUUAGUAAUUCAUUGUUGUAUGUACAGCUUUGGCAGGGCAGGUUCAAAAUUUGAAGGAAGUUACGAGACUUCUUGGUAUAAAGAAAAACUCAAAAGUUAAAAGGCAGGCAGACACUGGGUAAGGUAUACUCAAAGACCUGAAUAUCUCGUGAGAGGAAACAGAGGAUGGUAGAGGAGUUUAGUCCUCACAGUUUGCAUAGACUAAGCUCCCAAAACUUCUCAGGUCACAUCAUAGCCCUUUAAACCAGGUAAUUUCUGUGGAACAUAAAUCAUAUUCAAUUUGCUUUGUUUUCCUCAACAGCUAUUCUUACAUAUAUAUAGAAUAAACUUUCUUUUGAGUGCCUAGUACUUACUAGUUUUACAUUUUCUAUGGAUUAUUCUAUGUAGAGUCCAUAAUAGAAUCUAUAGAAAGCUGUUUCUAUUUGUUGGACUCUCAACUGCCCAUUCCCUGAAUUCACUCACAAGCUGAGUGCUUUUUAGGGUCCCAACUGGUAUUUUAUUUCUUACAUUUCUAACCAUUUUCCUUAUGACUUUAAUCAGUGAAAACUGUUUGCUUCCUACUGCACUAGGCUUAGUAAAAGAAAUGUAACAUAGUUAGGCACCCAUAUUCAGGUUGCUCUAAGAAGCUUGCUGUAUAAAUUCGAACACAGAACUGACAUCAGACAAAAGAUUAUAAAAUGCUAAACUGGAUACAGUAGGGUGUUGCAGGUCUAGAGGAGGGAAAUGCCAGAGUAACACAAAUUGGCUUCAGGUCAUCAGUGAAACUGGAAUAAAGUGGAUGUAAUUUAAACAGGUAGGACAUACAGUUAUAGGCCACUUGACUCACACUCUUGAAACUGGAUUUUGGAGGCCAAACCCUCAGCAGUGUUUAGAAAUAAACAUUUGUUAAAAGUUCUCUGUAUAUCUUAAAUUUGUACAUUAAAUUUUGAGAAUCAUGCAGCUAGGUGAUGAAGAUCUAGAUAAUUUCUUGUGUUGACCUGCCUAACUGUCAUUGUUUUUGGUGUUUGUGAACUCUUGAUGUCUUUAUUGGUGGUGGAGACCUCGGGAGGGAUGGGAGUGAAGUCUCAUUCUCUGAGAUUAUGUCAUCUGAGUCCCUGAUGCUUCCUGCAGUUGUGAAGUUGUAUAGGAAAAAUUUCCAAUUUACGUGACAGCCCUCAUAUCUGAGACUUCAGCAUGUUCACAAAGAGGCCUAUUUUUGUAAAACUAUUAAAAGUUUUGCUUUUCUCAAGAGCACCUCUCAUCUUUGAAUUCAAAUUCUCUUUUGGAAUAUUAUUUUUACCAAACAUUAGCAGGUAAUUGCUAUUAAAACCUACUUGUUACUACAUAGAACAUUAAAUUUUGCUACAAAUGUGGAUUUAAUUUUUAAAGGCAAAAGUUCCCUUAGAAUUCUUGGCUGUUUUGUUGUUCUCCUGCCUGUACUGGGAAGCACUGGUCUCUGCUGUAAUAGAUUGCUCUGUGACCUUUCCUUGGCUCAAGUUCCCUACGCCAGCGACUAUCACUUGCAGCUUUCUGCUGCUUUCUCUGUUCACACCUGGACAGUGCAACCUUGUAGUCAGAUCACAUCACAUGGGUCCAGGGGCCUUGGCCAAGUAAGGUCAUUAUGUCACCUAUCUACUGUGGGAAGAGAGUAUUGGGGCUGGGAAUAUAGCUCAGUGGCACAGUGCCUGCCUGGCAAGUGUGAGGUCCUGAGUUCGAGUCCUGGUGCCAAAAAAAUACACUAGUGGAAAGAUAGUAUUUGCCCUUAAUUAGGAUUAUUGGUAGUGUGGAUAAGAAGUGUAUACAGACUACUCUUGUGGGGGAUGUUGUAAUUGCUCACAUAGCAUUAGUUGAUGUUCAUCACAGAUACUUUCCAGUUCUUAUCAGUAGGACUUACCAGCAUCACAUGUUCCUAUUUUUAGGUAUCAUUUCUAUGAGUGUUCUUUAUAUUCCAUUCCUGCAAAAGCUAUAUAGAUGGAGCUAGUAUAGACCUAGAAUCAUUAGAUUUGCGUUGUGAUUUUCGUAACACAUCAUUUUAAUGCUCAGAGUUAAUAGUAAUCUUUGUCUUCGUUAAUCCUCCUGAACUAUAUAAAAUAGAAUACAUUAUUAUUGGUUUGCUGCCUUAUGUUUUCCUGAAAACAUUACUUAUUCAGGGCUGGGAGUGUAGUUACACCGUAGAAUACAUGCUUAGCCUACACCAGGCCCUGGGUUCAAACUCCAACAUCAAAAAGUGUUAUUCAGGUCUUGGCAGUGCCUCAGAUCUUAAUUCUGAAUGUGGGUUGAGAUAAUUAUGUGUAAAAGUUCUGUAUCACCUGUAAAGAGCCAAAUAAAUGUAGUAUUUGUUAUUAAUUUUA